GUGAACGUCUAUUCGAAAUGCGAGUUGGAGGGUAAAAGGAGGUUAUGGGAGACAUUGAGGAUGUCAAAAGGAGGUUUUGGUAGAGGUGCUUGGUGUGUCAUUGGAGACUUUAAUGCGGUGUUACAUAGGGAGGAAAGGUGGGGUGUGAAUGAUAUAACCUUCCACUCGUCCUCUGUGGAAAUGGUUGAGUUUGAGGCCUUUGUGAAUCAUAUGGAGUUGGAAGACAUACCAUCUUUGGGAAGGAAAUUUACUUGGUUUCAUUCCAAUGGGAUUUCGAUGAGUCGGAUUGAUAGGGCUAUGGUGUCUGAUGAGUGGAUUAACUUUUGGGGGUAUCCCUCCCUUUGGAUUUUACCCCGUUCUGUGUCUGAUCAUUGUGCACUUCUGCUGCGUCAUAAUGUUGUGGAUUGGGGGCCGAAGCCUUUUCGCUUUAAAAAUCAUUGGCUGCAGAAUAAUGAAUUUAAAGUGUUAGUAGAAGACUCUUGGAGAUCGCAGCAAUUGACGGGUUGGAUGGGAUUCAUUCUAAAAGAAAAACUUAAGGGUCUUAAAGGAGUCAUUAGAGAGUGGAACAAGGAGGCUUAUGGAGUGCUUGAUUCGAAAAUCAUGCUGCUGGUGGAGGAAAUUAAACAAAAGGAUUUGAGAGGAGAGGCAUUUGUGUUAACAGAGGAAGAGGUGGAACUUCGC